UGCGGAUUGCUGUUUUUGUUGGGCCCAUCCUUCAGCCGAGCGCAGGGUGCUGCAGUCUUAGCGAUUCGGCGCUUACGCUUUAACGCCCGAAGAGCUCGGUUUUUAAAAAUACAUAUAUAUAUAUAUUUAUUUUUUGUUUUUGUUAAUGGCUCAGCAAUGCAGAGCGGUGGCGUUGAUACAAAUACGAAUGUAGGACUGGUGCGGCAAAUUUUAACUCUUAGUUUAGCCCCAAGAGAAAAUGGCACCUUAUGCUCCAACGAAACGGCGCUGUGUGAGUUCUCGGAGAUGUGGUACGGUGUCUUCCUGUGGGCUGUGGUCUCGUCCCUGGUCAUCCACCUGCCGGCAGGGCUGCUGGCCCUCUACACGCUCCGACAGCACAAGUACGGCAGGUUCAUGUCGGUGUCCAUACUGCUGAUGAGUAUCAUCGGGCCAGUUUUCGGAGGAAGCCUAACCAGUGCCGCGAUUGCCGGGGUCUACAGAGCAGCGGGGAAAGGAAUGAUCUCUUUGGAAGCUCUCAUUCUAGGUGUCGGACAGUCCUUUUGUGUCCUGGUUAUUUCAUUCUUGCGGAUUUUGGCAACGCUAUAGCAUUUGUCUGUGCAAUUAAUCGCAGGUGAAGAUAGGUUGCACACAAGUCUUAAGAUGUCCAGUUCUAUGAGAACUAAGGGGCUCGCCCUUUUAAAAAGCAGCCUUGCAGACAUCCAGUGCAGUUGCAUUAGCCCAAUAAGAGGCCUUCUUCUAAGCCAGAGGGCACCUUUGUUUUUAAUGGCAAAGCUAUGCUGGGCAGCUCCCUCUUUUAGGUUUAGAUUUGUUUAUUUUUUUUAAUUUUCAGUAAAUGGGCAACUAACACAUCUGUUUAAAGGACUGCUUGCACUUCAAAAUACAGCCUCUUCAAUCCAAGUGGAUACCUCAUUGCCAGCAAGCGUUCCGAAAGGCUUAAUACCGACCAGCAUAACCGGUCCACAUUUUUUUUUGUGGCACUGCUUAUCAAACUUGGGAAGGUGUUGCUCUUCUGCAGUAUUGGCCUCAUAGAACUUCAACAUGCAACUAAGAGAAUGGCUGAAAAGAGACUUCAGUGUGUCUUGAAGCAGCGGAAAUACUUCAGUGGUGACUAUUUGCUAAAGAGGGCUGCUAGUAGCAGAAGCUGUGUGUGGUUUUAGUCUUUCCAGACCUAUAGAUUGACUAGGGCUACAUGGUUCAACGUGUCCCAGCAUGAUACAGUACACAUUGUCAUUCCUGUUCACAAAAAUAAAUAGCGACUUCAGUACAAAGUUGUUGCUAUUGUUCCCCAAGAGGCAGGGCUUCAACUUUUCCCACAGUGACCGCUUUGUAAUGCAGUAGUCAGGAACCACCCGCAGGAGGGUAAGCUACCCUUGCCUUGGUUCUCUUCCACUUGUGCUGAUAAUUAAGCAAUAACUUGAGGUCUCACUAAAUGGGACAAGUGCUGUGGACUGGUCCAGGGUUUUACUAAAUAGUCAGCUAUGUGAACAUCAUCAUUUUAUGAUUCAGAGUUGUAUGGGUGUUUUUGCAAAAUAGCUUUUGGAGUACCAAUGACAGUGAAUGAGAGAGAGAUUCCACCUGUCCUGUAUUAUACAUUGCCUUUUACACAAGACCCAUUUGCUGUCAUAUAGCUCUACAACUAGGAGCCUACGGACAAAGAUUUAUGCCUUUCAAGGUUUUUCUGAAAGAUAAAGUGGAGUUAAAUGUUUUGUGAAUUUGGUUUAGUGUAACAGCAAUUCAAAAACAACCUGAUUGUAAAAUAUCUACAACCGGGACUUUGUCAGAAUCAUAAUGGAAAUAGAUUGGAGUUUUUUAGCUUUUUUUCUUAUGCUAAAAGUUUUGGUUGUAAGGAGCUGUAACAGCAGGGAAGCUGUGUUCAGCUGAACACCUUUCCUGGUUACUGCAAGCUGGUAAAACCAAAUGCAGUCGUUUCCAGGACCUACCCAAUCAAAUGCUAGCUUUGAACACCAGUUAUAUUUCACUAAAUGGUGUGUUUUUUUUUUAAUUUAUGGCAAUCAAAAUCAAACAUAGCUGUUGAUCAAGAAACAAACUGUUCUCGUUGAGCCCUUCUUUCUGACAAAAGACGGAGACUUCCUUUUAAAUGAAUGUAAUGGAAAGGCUUUGUAAUGAUUUUAUGUUGCUGUGUAAUUCCUGUUUCUGACAUUGCAUUCCCUAAUCUGAAGAACAUGCCUGUUAAUAAUGAAUCCCUGAGACGCAGAAUCGUGUUAAACCGUAAAUCUGGUACAAAUGAAGCUACUUUGCCUGUAGCUGUUACAACUGCAGAAGGGUUCAUAUGAUUCCUAAAAUGCAACUGGGAACAUUUUUUAAAGCACUGAAGAUACACUGAGCCCAUUGUUUUAAUUGCAGGUGCAUAAAUCUGACCAACAUCCACCCUUAGGGGGUGAAUCUCUGUUCGCUCGUGGACAAAAAUAAAACCCUGGCAUGAUUACUCUACUGUGCUUGAGUGACCAGAGAACAAUCAGACUGCAUUGGAGUACCAAAAGAUGAAAAACUAGUUUUGAAACAAAUUCCAUGCUGAACAUUUAGUCUGCCUCUUGAGGUGUAGGCUGUUGGAGGCAGUGUGUUAACAAGCCAGUUUGUUUCUGAAGUGACUAUAUUGCAGUGCCCAUAUUCUUCUAUGCUCUAAUUUGCCAGUGGCCUGCUUUUUUCCCUUUUUUUUAUUUUUAAAUAUAUUGAAGAAAUUCUGUAUUUUAACACUGUUGUGAUAUCCUUGACUUUGGGGGAGGGGGUUAUGGCAGAUUCUUUUUUUUAUUUUAACACACUAAGUGCCAAUUGUUUCUGUUAACACUUAUUAAAUAACAUUUGAAUAAUAA